AUCCCCCUACCCUUCUUUCCUCUCCCAAGCUUCGCACACACGCACCGCCUAACAAAAAACAAAGGCGUAUUAGCUCUUUCUCUCUCUGCGUCUUCGUCUUAUUUUUCUUCUCGAAAACCCUAGGUUCGCCAUGGGGAAAGCCAGAGCAGCUGCUCCCAAACGCGAUACGAAGUUGAAGAGUAAGAGUACCGGAGCGAGCAAGAAGCCCGCGAAGAAAGCCGGAAAGGAUCCGAACAAGCCGAAGAGGCCUGCGAGUGCCUUCUUCGUCUUCAUGGAGGAGUUUAGAGAGAAGUACAAGAAAGACCAUCCAAACAACAAGUCGGUUGCUGCUGUCGGUAAGGCUGGCGGUGAGAAAUGGAAAUCGUUGUCAGAUGCUGAGAAAGCUCCCUAUCAAGCCAAGGCAGAUAAGAGGAAGGUUGAGUAUAACAAGAACAUUCAGGCAUACAACAAGCAAUUAGCUGAUGGACCUAAUGAAGCUGACGAAGAAGAGUCUGACAAGUCCAAGUCUGAGGUAAAUGAUGAUGAUGAUGAAGACGAGGACGAGAGCGGCGAGGAGGAAGACGACGAUGAGUAGAGCAAAGGGAAUCGAAUGGAGGGGGAGAAGCGAUAUGUGUAGGGUUGCUUAGAAGAUAAUUGAAGGGCUUGCCUGCACUUUUUCUUCACUAUGGAUAAGUUGCUGGCUCUCUACCUUUUGUUUUAGGGAUUAGUUUUUAGGAAAACACAAAAAAAAAUCGGAUUCAGUUUCAGGAUUGUUUUCUCCUCGCGAUUCCAAUGUCGUCGUUUCUGUACUUAAUGAUCCUCCUUAUGUUCAAUGAAUUUCAGUUUGCUUUCGUUA